CCCGCGCUGGUCGGCGGGCUGCCGCGGGAGGCGGCAGGGCGGGCGCGGGACAGGCGCAGCGGAGCGCGGGGGCGACCGUGGCCCCGCGGGAGCGCGGCUGCGGCGCGCGGAGCCGGCAGCGACGGCUGGGCUGACGCCCGCCUUCGCCUGCGUCGCUGCCUCCGCGCGAGCCGCCGCCCCCGGGGAUGUGAGGGGCGCAGCUCGGCCGGCGGGGCCUGGAGCGGCGCGGAGGCCGGCCGCGGACGCUCCACCCACUUUGGCCUAGACCCAACCUCCAAGGGCUAAAAAUAUUGCCCGGAGGCUUCUGAGCGGAAUCAGAUCGUGCUAAGUAGGGCACGACGCGCAGAGGCGACAGAGCUCCUCGGCCCCAGGGCGGGAGCCAGUCUCCGGAGCGGCGGUUCCGCCCACGCUCGGCCCAGCAGCUAGCGGCCUCCCUCCGCCCCAGCAGGUGUGUGUGGAGGCCAGUAUGAAGCUGAAAAAGCAGGUGACAGUAUGCGGGGCUGCGAUCUUCUGCGUGGCUGUCUUCUCGCUCUACCUGAUGCUGGACCGAGUGCAGCAUGACCCCACCCGUCACCAGAAUGGUGGGAACUUCCCCCGGAACCGCAUUGAGCAGCUGGAACAGCUGUUGGAGGAGAACCAUGAGAUCAUCAGCCACAUCAAGGACUCGGUGCUGGAGCUGACAGCCAACGCGGAGGGUCCGCCCGCCCUGCUGCCCUACUACACGGCCAACGGCUCCUGGGUGGUGCCACCAGAGCCCCGGCCCAGCUUCUUCUCCAUCUCCCCUCAAGACUGCCAGUUUGCUCUGGGGGGCCGGGGCCAGAAGCCAGAGCUACAGAUGCUGACCAUAUCAGAGGAGCUGCCCUUUGACAACGUGGAUGGUGGCGUGUGGAAGCAAGGCUUCGACAUCUCCUACGGGCCCCACGACUGGGACGCUGAAGACCUGCAGGUGUUCGUGGUGCCUCACUCCCACAAUGACCCGGGCUGGAUCAAGACCUUUGACAAGUACUACACAGAGCAAACCCAGCACAUUCUCAACAGCAUGGUGGGCAAGCUGCAGGAGGACCCCCGGCGGCGCUUCCUCUGGGCGGAAGUUUCCUUCUUCGCUAAGUGGUGGGACAACAUCAAUGCCCAGAAGAAAGCAGCAGUCCGCAGGCUGGUGGGAAACGGGCAGCUGGAGAUUGUGACAGGAGGCUGGGUGAUGCCGGACGAGGCCAACUCCCAUUACUUUGCACUCAUUGACCAGCUUAUUGAGGGCCACCAGUGGCUGGAGAGAAACCUCGGUGCAACCCCGCGCUCUGGCUGGGCAGUGGACCCCUUUGGCUACAGCUCCACCAUUCCCUACCUGCUGCGCCGUGCCAACCUGACCAGCAUGCUGAUCCAGAGGGUGCACUAUGCCAUCAAGAAGCACUUUGCUGCCACCCACAGUCUGGAGUUCAUGUGGAGGCAGACCUGGGACUCAGACGCCAACACGGACAUCUUCUGCCACAUGAUGCCUUUCUACAGCUAUGACGUGCCCCAUACCUGCGGCCCGGACCCCAAGAUCUGCUGCCAGUUCGAUUUCAAGCGGUUGCCAGGUGGACGCAUCAACUGCCCCUGGAAGGUGCCGCCCCGGGCCAUCACAGAGGCCAACGUGGCUGAGAGGGCCGCGCUGCUCCUGGACCAGUACCGGAAAAAGUCCCGGCUGUUCCGAAGCAACGUCCUCCUGGUGCCACUGGGGGAUGACUUCCGAUACGACAAGCCCCAGGAGUGGGAUGCCCAGUUCUUCAACUACCAGCGGCUCUUUGACUUCCUCAACAGCAAGCCUGACCUCCAUGUGCAGGCCCAGUUCGGCACCCUCUCUGACUAUUUUGACGCUCUGUACAAGAAGACCGGGGUGGAGCCAGGGGCCCGGCCUCCAGGCUUCCCCGUGCUGAGCGGGGAUUUCUUCUCCUACGCGGACCGGGAGGACCAUUACUGGACUGGCUACUACACUUCUCGGCCCUUCUACAAGAGCUUGGACCGGGUCCUGGAAGCCCACCUGCGGGGUGCGGAGAUACUAUACAGUCUGGCUACCGCUCACGCCCGCCGCUCUGGACUGGCCAGCCAGUACCCGCUCUCGGACUUCGCCCUUUUGACGGAAGCUCGACGCACUCUGGGCCUCUUCCAGCACCACGACGCCAUCACCGGCACCGCCAAGGAGGCGGUUGUGGCAGACUAUGGCAUCAGGCUCCUGCGCUCCCUUGUGAGCCUGAAGCAGGUCAUCAUCAAUGCGGCUCACUAUCUGGUGCUGGGGGACAAGGAGACCUACCGCUUCGAGCCUGAGGCGCCCUUCCUCCAGAUGGAUGACACCCGCUUAAAUCACGACGCCCUGCCGGAGCGCACAGUGAUCCAGCUGGAUUCCUCCCCCAGGUAUGUGGUGCUCUUCAACCCCCUGGAUCAGGAGCGGUUCAGUGUGGUGUCCCUGCUGGUCAGCUCGCCCCGAGUGCGUGUCCUUUCAGAGGACGGUCAGCCACUGGCGGUGCAGAUCAGCGCACACUGGAGCUCUGCCACCAGCACGGUCGCCGAUGUCUACCAGGUGUCUGUGCCCAUCCGCCUGCCGGCCCUGGGCCUCGGCGUGCUGCAGCUGCAGCUGGGCCUGGACGGGCCCCGCACCCUGCCGGCCUCCGUGCGCAUCUACCUGCACGGCCGGCAGCUGUCCAUCAGCAGGCAGGAUGCGUUUCCCCUGCGCAUCAUUGAUUCUGGUGCCAGUGACUUUGCCCUCAGCAACCGCUACAUGCAGGUCUGGUUCUCAGGCCUCACCGGGCUCCUCAAGAGCGUCCGAAGGGUGGAUGAGGAGCAGGAGCAGCGGGUGAACAUGGAGUUCCUCAUCUAUGGCACUCGUGCGUCCAAGGACAAGAGUGGAGCCUAUCUCUUCCUGCCUGAUGGGGAGGCCCAGCCGUACAUCCCCAAGGAUCCCCCUGUGCUGCGUGUCACCGAAGGCCCUUUCUUCUCGGAGGUCGUUGCCUACUAUGAGCAUGUCCGCCAGGUGGUCCGGCUUUAUAAUCUGCCAGGGGUGGAGGGGCUGUCUCUGGACAUGUCAUCCCUGGUGGACAUCCGCGACUACGUCAACCAGGAGCUGGCCCUGCGCUUCCACACGGACAUUGACAGCCAGGGUGCCUUCUUCACGGACCUCAACGGCUUUCAGGUGCAGCCCCGGCGCUAUCUGAAGAAGCUGCCCCUGCAGGCCAACUUCUACCCCAUGCCGGUCAUGGCCUACAUCCAGGACGCCCGGGACCGCCUCACGCUGCACACUGCCCAGGCCCUGGGGGUCUCGAGCCUACAUGAUGGCCAGCUGGAGGUGAUCCUGGACCGACGGCUCAUGCAGGACGACAACCGGGGUCUGGGCCAAGGGCUCAAGGACAACAAGAGAACCUGCAACCAUUUCCGCCUCCUGCUGGAGCGGCGAAGCCUGGGCAGUGAGCCUGGCUUUUUCUCCAAACUGGCAGCCAUGUUUAGGGACUUGGUCUUUCACAGCAGCAGGAGCGGUGACCUCGAGGUCCAGGAUGGCCGCUCCACCAGCUACCCGUCCCUCCUCAGCCACCUGACCUCCAUGUACCUGAACACCCCAGUGCUCGCCCUGCCCGUAGCCAAGAGGCAGCUCCCGGGCCCCGGGCUGCGCUCGUUUCAUCCCCUGGCCGCUUCUCUGCCCUGUGACUUCCACUUGCUCAACCUGCGUACGCUGCAGGCCGAGGACGAUGCCUUGCCUUCGGCGGAAACUGCACUCAUCCUACACCGCAAGGGUUUCGACUGUGGCCUUGAGGCCAAGAACCUGGGCUUCAACUGCACCACAAGCCAAGGCAAGGUGGCCCUGGGGAGCCUCUUCCAUGGCCUGGACGUGGGGUUCCUGCAGCCGACCUCCUUGACAUUACUGUACCCCCUGGCCUCACCCUCCAACAGCACUGACGUCUAUCUGGAGCCCAUGGAGAUUGCCACCUUUCGCCUCCGCUUGGGCUAGGGCUUCCUGUGGCCUGAAGGGAAAGUGCGUCAGAGACUGCCUCUCACACAAGGUCGGGUUGGGCAAACCGGACGGGUAUCCUGUCCCGAUCUACCUCUCAGAACUGUGACACGCUGGGCUGCGCCCUCAUUUUCUGUUUAUCUUUGCUUCUGCGUCCGGGGGCAGCUCCAAGCCCCGUGUCGGGUAGAUAGGGCAGACGCUAGUGAGGUGGUGGCAAGAGGGCCCAGGGUCAGAGCGCGCGGGGCCAGCCUCUGCUUUGGGUUGUGAGGCGCCCAGGUGGGCAUAGGCUUAAGUAUCCCCCCGUUGUCCCAGAACGGGAUGGAGGAGAAGCAGGGUCCGAACUGGUGGGGCGGCCGAGGGGUAGCCGCCCAGCGCCGGGGUCACUGCAGUCAGGAGCCAGCUCGAGGGGGACUUUCUGGCUCUGGAAGGACUGCUUGUCUAGAUGUGACCAGCAGGAGCUGAGUGACAGCUGGGAGGAGGGCGAUGGGGACCUGGAGUUAGUGGGGCUAAGGAGGGAGCCCUGCUUUCCGUGAUGACUCUGCCGUAGGUGCUCCCUGGUCUGCACACCCCGGCUCAGGGCUGUGGGGUGGCAGGAAGGACUCACGAGAGACCAUGUUAUGGCCAGAGCGCAGAGGACACUUCAGAUACUGACCCCCCCCCCCCAUCGCAGGCACUUGGUCUGUAUGUUGAUGUGUGGGCUGGUGGCAGGGAAGGGACCUGGGGGUCCUCCAUCCUCCCUGACCCCACUUUGGUUCCUGUACUCUGUACACCACUGUCCUCAGGAGCUCCUUCCCAUCCUGGGGGCAUUUGGCCUGGCACAUUUCCUUUCCCUGGAAAGAAAGCGAAGCCUCCAGGCGCCUGUGAGCGUGAGCAGUUUGAGAAGAAGGCUCUUGGCCCCAUCCCUGCGUGGGCAGGGCUGGGGGGGGGGGUUUCCUCUACGGAAUCCUGGCACAGGGACUGGGGAUACAGAGCGUACACUAGGAGGCAUUAUGGCUGCUCAUGGGCCUUCAUUUCAGCUUUGAUUCAUAGAGAAGAGUUUUUGGUAGUCUCUAUAGAUGCUGAAACAGUAUUUGGUAAAGUUUAAGAUCUAUCCCUUAUUAAAAAUCUUAGUAAGUUAAGAUGACAAAGAGACAUCAUAAUCUAGAUGAAAACAAGUCUCUAUCACAAACCAGCAGUUGGUGACAUUCUAAAGAACCACAGGCAUUCCCAUACAAGUCGGAAGCGAGCCGAGGACGCAUCACUCGUUAGCGGUGUCCUGGCAUGGUCCCCCGCCAUGGGAGAGCAGUGAAGGAGAGGAAGGUACAGCUGUCAUUAUUUGCAGACGACAGCCCGGCCAACCCAUACAGUGUACGAGAGCCCGCAGGAGACCUGCUAAGACCAUUCUGUGAGUGGACACACAUGGCAGACACGAUGCUCCCGGAAGAUUUCAGUUCUCUCCGAAUCAGCCCCUAAGUUCAGUGUGUUCCAGGACCAACAGGCUCCUGGAACGACAGGCAGAGUCCCGGAGCAGACCCCCAGGGAGACAGGAACUUAGUAGGAUAAAAGGAGUAUUUGAAGUGGGGAAAAAAGAUGGCUUGUUUAAUAAAUAGAACUUUAAGGCACGUGGCCCUCAAAGUAAGAGAUCUGUAGCUCACAGUUGCCACGACAAUUAGAUCCAGAGGAAAGAACAGAAAAGUUCAACUGCAAAAUUACUAAAGGAUAUACAGGAGAUUAUUAUAUCUCUGGUAUGGGAAGCUCUGUUUUAAACAUAACAUGAAACCUAAAAGAUCUAGUGAUGGGAAUAAUAAAAAGGUUUGACCACCCCAAGAUAUUGAAAGUGUACAUAUGAUGGAGAACAUUAUGGUUCCAACACAAAUGAGACUGGGAGAAAAAAUGUUUGCAGCCUUUCCAAUAUUGAUGAGUAUUGAUACUUCAGGAGAAAAGCUUGCUUUGGGGUCCUUGGAGAGGGUCCCCUGGGCCUGCUUAGCAGAUCCCCAAACAUCCAGAAUUCUUCCAGAUCACCCAGGGCUGUUAUCACCACCAUCAGGCCAGGGCACGUGGAAUGCUAAGUCACAGCGGAAGAAAUGAGAUUACCAGGUGAGGUGCUCAGCACAGAGGACCCGGUACACAGAGGAGCUCAAUAAAUAGAAGCGGUGAUCUUAUUAGUAAUGCCAAGUAGUUAUAUCACAGCAGAUGGUAUCUGCUAGUAUCCUAUGACUUGUAAUCAAACGAUAAGGGAGACUCUGUGAAACACCCCCCCCCUCCAGGAAAUGAGCAGAAUAAAGGCUAUUUAUUACAUCUGAA